UAAACCUAUUUUACGAGUAUUAAUAAAAAUAUAGCUUAUUAUGAUAAAUAUUUAAUAUGGACAUGUCUUGGUUUAUUAAUAAACUUAAAUAAUGAUAAAGGUGAAAGGAAUGGUGUUGUGAGCCAUUGUGCCAUUGAUACGGAUAGGUGGAGAAAAUGUCAAAGUUCAUUUUGAAUAGUAUUCGAUUUGUGAUAAAAUAAAUGUUUUAAUAAUAAAGGUGUGCUAUGAAAUGGAAUAUUGUGAUGUGUGAAAAUGUGUACCUAUUUUUUAUAAUAAAUCUCAAGAUUAAUUUUUCAAAUAACUGAUCCAAACAGCGAACAAGAUGUUAAUCAAAGAAUACAGAAUUCCUUUGCCUCUCACUGUAGAAGAGUAUCGCAUAGCUCAGCUUUAUAUGAUAGCAAAGAAAAGUAAAGAAGAAAGCACAGGGGAAGGUAGUGGGGUGGAAAUAAUUGUAAAUGAGCCAUAUGAAAAUGGACCUGGAGGAAAAGGUCAGUAUACUCAAAAAAUCUAUCAUGUGGGUAGCCAUUUGCCAGGGUGGUUUAAAAGUCUACUUCCUAAAUCGGCUUUGACAGUAUCUGAAGAAGCAUGGAAUGCCUAUCCUUAUACUAAAACUAGAUACACCUGUCCAUUUGUUGAAAAGUUUUCCCUAGAAAUUGAAACAUAUUAUUUUCCUGAUAAUGGCCAUCAAGAUAAUGUCUUCAAAUUAACAGGGAGUGAUUUAAAAAAUAGAAUUGUUGAUGUUAUAGAUGUUGUUAAAGAUCAGCUCUAUGGUACUGAUUAUGUAAAAGAAGAAGAUCCAAAACUUUUUGUUUCACAAAAAUGUAACAGAGGCCCAUUGUCUGACUCUUGGCUGGAAGAGUAUUGGAAAGAAGUGCAAGGAAAAUCACAACCCUUGCCCAAUGGCAAGUCCCUUAUGUGUGCUUAUAAACUGUGUAGAGUUGAAUUUCGCUACUGGGGAAUGCAAACUAAAUUGGAGAAAUUUAUUCACGAUGUGGCAUUAAGAAAAACAAUGUUGCGAGCACACAGGCAAGCUUGGGCUUGGCAAGAUGAGUGGCAUGGUCUUACAAUGGAAGAUAUUCGAGAAAUUGAAAGACAGACUCAGUUAGCAUUGCAAAAGAAAAUGGCAGGUGAAGUUGGUGAUGAAACUGAUUUGUCUGAAGAAAAUUCUAAAUCUUUGGCAGCUACUAUGUGCAGUCUUGAGAAAAAUGAAGAUUCAGCAAGUCCAGUUACAACCAAGAAAAGUAGUAUUGAAAAGAGAGUACAAAAGCAGUUAAGUCCGGAAAAUUCUCCUCCAUCAGAGCCUAAGUCUUAUAAAUCAAAUCUCAGAUCCUCUUCUUCAGGUUCACUUAAAAGCUUACAGACUCAAGUUGCCAGCUGGAGAAUGGAGACCUUAGUGCGAGAAUCUGAAACUGAGACUGGUUCGGAAGAUGAAUUUUAUGACUGUGAGUCGUCAUUUAAUCGAUGGUCAUCAAUGUGCUCUUUAGAUGAAGCUGAAAUUGAUAUAUCUCCAACUCAAGGGGAUAGUAAUGAAGAGGAUAGUAUUUUCAAUCCAUCAUUUUUGAAACGAGUUACUUCUGAAAGGGGAUCUCGUCGAAUUCCAAACUUACACAGUCGCCAGAGCUUAGAUGGCUGUCCUGAAACUCCUGUUCAUAGUUCCUGCCCAACAACUGUUUUAAUUCUUGUGUUUCAUGCAGGUAGUGUCCUUGAUGCAAAUAUUGAUAUGACUGCCAAAAAAUCUGAUGUUACAACAUUUAAAGGAGCUUUUGAAUCUGUCAUGCGACAACACUAUCCAUCAUUAGUUGGUCAUAUUACUAUAAAAUUAGUGCCAUGCCCAUCUAUUUGUACAGAAGCCCUUGGAGUUUUAUCAACUUUGAGUCCAUAUAGUUUUGAUUGUUCACCAUCUACAAUUGAAACUCCUUCACUCACAAACGAUCUUAUUCCUAUCGGCGCUAUACCUUUGAUUGCAACAUCUUCUCCAGAAUAUUGUGAAUAUGUUAGCAAAACAAUUAUAUCAGCCAACCUUGUUUACAAUGAAUUUAUAAAAUCAGAUGAUGGAAAAGGAUUCAAUGGUCAAGUGUGUAUUGUAGGUGAUAGCAUGGGCUCAGUACUAGCGUUUGAUGCAAUGUUUCGUACCCUACAGUACCAGUCACGACAUGAUAGUGAAAAUAGUAUACUCGACACUGAAAUAACUAUUCCAAGUGAGCCAACUGAAAAUUAUUUAAAUAAAUCACACCUGCAGGCUCCUACACCUAGACGACGAUCCUCUACUGCUAGUGAUAACCAAACAAAAUUAGAAUUUGAAGUCAGUGAAUUCUUCACUUUUGGUAGUCCGCUUUCACUCAUUCUUGCUUCAAGAAAAAUAUCUGAUGACAAAUUCAAAGACAUAAGGAAGCCACCUGUUCAACAAGUUUUCAAUUUAUUUCAUCCUACCGACCCUGUCGCUUCUAGAUUAGAGCCUCUGUUGUCAGCAAGAUUUACAAAUCUACCGCCGAUAAAUAUUGCUAGAUAUGCUAAAUACCCACUAGGAAAUGGGCAGCCAUAUCAUUUAAUUGAAUUAAUACAAAGUCAUCCAACAUUAUUUGGAGAUCAUUUGCAAAUGCCACCUACUCCUGUUUUAAGAAGACUUUCGGAGGCAUCUGUUCAAAGCACUGUAAGUGGGAUGGUUGACAAUAUUCCAUUAAUAACUAUGAAUGCUCUUCAGCAAAAGUGGUGGGGCACAAAACGACUUGAUUAUGCCCUUUAUUGCCCAGAAGGCUUAGCUAACUUUCCUACGAAUGCACUACCACAUUUAUUCCAUGCCAGUUAUUGGGAAAGUUCUGACGUCAUAGCUUUUAUUUUAAGACAAGUAGGUCAUUUUGAUUUAGCAUUAUAUAAUCAAACAGAAGACAAAGAUAGUUCAAUGUUUAAACCUGGCCAAGAUAAAGAAAAAUGGAUAAGAAAGAGAACGUCAGUGAAAUUAAAGAACGUCGCUGCAAAUCACAGAGCCAAUGACAUUAUUGUAAGAGAAGGAUGUCCGCAAACAUUUACAGCCAGAUUUAUGUAUGGGCCUCUUGAUAUGAUCACUUUAACUGGUGAAAAAGUUGACAUUCAUAUGAUAAAAGAUCCCCCAGCAGGUGAGUGGAUCUUAUUGUCUACAGAAGUGACUGACAAGACGGGAAGAAUUAUCUACACACUAUCAGAAAAACAAAGUGUAGGCUGUGGUGUCUAUCCAGUAAGGGCUGUUGUCAGAGGGGAUCACACGAGUUGUAACUUUCACCUAGCUGUUGUACCUCCGGAGACUGAAUGCGUAGUCUUUAGUAUUGAUGGUUCCUUCACAGCUAGCGUAUCUGUUACCGGUCGAGAUCCGAAAGUAAGAGCCGGGGCUGUAGACGUGGUACGUUUUUGGCAAGAUCUAGGCUACCUUAUCCUUUACAUAACAGGCAGACCAGACAUGCAACAAAGAAAGGUAGUGUCAUGGUUAGCUGAGCAUAAUUUUCCUCAUGGUUUAGUAUUUUUUUCGGAUGGAUUUUCGACCGAUCCUUUGGGUCACAAAGCUGCUCAUUUAAAUAAUUUAAUAACAGAGCACGGGGUUAUCCUACACGCUGCUUAUGGCUCAGGAAAGGAUAUAAGUGUUUACAAUAAUUGUGGAUUAUCUCCGAAGCAGAUAUAUGCUAUUGGAAAAAUAAGUAAAAGGUAUAGUAAUUUAGCUACAACUUUAAAUGACGGAUAUGCGUCCCAUUUGGCUGAUCUGAAAUCACCAGGCGCGGUUCGACCUGCUAGAGGCAAUGCACGCCUUCUCGUACCACGUCGACUCUUAGCACCAGUUAGCAGCUCUGCAGCAUCACGUAAUCGCCGUUAAAUGUUUGAUGAUACUUCCUAAGUUUUUACAUGGAUAGAUAAAUAAUACUUAAAUGCUUAGGCAAUUUCAUGAAAAUCAGUUAGGUGUUAGUAUAAGAAUAUUUAUUGCUGUCAAAAUAUUAAAAGUUACAUUUUUAUCCCAGUCGGUGAAAUCUAUUAUACUAAAAGAAUUAAAGUUAUAUUUUCAUUACAAAUAAUUCGUGUACGUACCUAUUUGAAGUUGAAAUAAUAUUAUGAAAACUAAAAGAUGUAAAUGAUGUUUAAAUCGUAAAUAGUUUAAAUAAGUCUAUUGUCACUGUGUACCUUACUAAUUUAUUAUUAAUGUACUAUUGUCUAUAAUCAAAUUAUAUUAUUAACUAGACACGAUUACCUAAUAAUAAGCUAAUCGUUUAUAUGUGGUAGGCGUAUACUGUUAAUCCACUUGUAAGGCUGGGAAUCUCUUCUUUCGAUUUAAUCAAAAAUCUAGUCUCUUUACGUAACAUUUUAACAAAUUGUAACUAGGUCAGGGCUUACUAAUACAUGCUUUUAACCGUCUUAAAUUAUAUGCAAAUAUUACUGACUGCUUUCCAUGUUAGAAAAAAUAUUAAGUGUACCUAGCACAAUGAGUGCAUUGUAUUUUGGUCAUUCCAAAAAUAACCUUACGAUUUAUUUUAAAAUACUUUAAUAUGACAACUGUAAAUAUGUAUUAGUAUGUUUGACCUAAUAAUGUUAUCUCUACUUGUAAAAUAAAAUGGUUUUGAACCUUCAGUAAAAAUCUAGCAAUUUGCUUGUGAUUUGAUGAUCUUAUGCCACGUAUUGUACUCAGUAUUUAUAAUGUAAUGGUAGUUUAACUAAAAAGUAUUGAUCUUUAUUUCUUGAAUUUUUGAAAUUUUAUUAUUUUAUGUAAGUUAGUAUUUAGUUAAUAAACAUAAGUUGUCACAAUUGAUAUUAUAUACUA